UGGGGAGUGUUUUCGUGGCACAUGCAGCAAGGAUGGGUCAGGGGUUACAUCCUGUCCCUGUAUAAAGGGCUACAGGUUACUUACCGACGAAAUCUGUGUUGAAUAUUGUCCGAGGGACUGUGGGGCCAACGCUGUUUGUGGCAACCAGGGGAGCGGAGAAUUCUGUUUUUGUAACAAGGGCUUCGAAAUGCUUCCCGAUACCACUUGUGCUGACAAAUGCGCUUCGAUGAAGUGUGGGGCCAACGCCACGUGCAGUAUUAAUAAG